AUGGACACUAGCUACUUGGCCAACAUCACUUUGCAGGAGGUUUGAAAAUUCUUGAUUCUUGAGGAUUUUUUAUUUGGAUCAAACUAUUUGAACACUGUAGAACCAGUGAAAAAAAUCAUUUGCCUUCCAAAAUAAAAAAAUCUGAAGAAUCGGUUAAAUUUUUUUUAAUUAUAAAUUUUUCAUCAAAAUCCAUCAAAAAGUUCAAUGAAAAAAAUCGCCAAUAUUUGAAAUUUCCUUCAUAAAAACGACCAGAAAACUAAAAUGAACAUAAAAUUUUUUUUAUAAUUUUCAUUUUCUGCUUUCGGAGGAAUUUGAAAGAAAAAAUCUCAAUUUUCAUCCUUUAUAUAAUAUAGAACUAAAUUGAAUCACAAUUUUAAAAAAAUACACGAAGAAAAAAAUAAUAAUAAAAAAAGAAUUCAGGCCAUCACGAACCCAGAAAUUAACGAACUGAUUAAAAAAAUUGGAACGACAGUUUUGUGAGUUUUUUUCUUUCGAUUAUUUUUCAUUCAAAGUAUAUAUUUUUAGGACAACAAUUCGACCGACUGGAACCGGACUCAUGUCCCAUACUACGAGAACUAUCAAGGACAGGUCGGAAAUGAAUUCGCUCGAUAUGAUUUAAAAAAAAACGUGAAAGCAAAAAAAAAUAUGAGAGAAACGAAGGAAAAAAGGAGAAAAGGUAACAUCAUGCGAAUUUUCGUAUGGUGUAGAGUCUAGUGUAUGCACCAAUAACAUUUAACUUUACGCGCGCCUUAUUUUUUUGGCCUCAGGCACUGACGGCGCGUGUUUGUUGCCAAAAGUGCGCAUGCGCGCCGCCUGCUGCGCGCACGCGCGGGGUGUCUCUUUUAUUUUUUAGCUUUUUAACUAAUUGAAAAAUUAUAAAUUUGAUAUUUUUCAUGUCUGUUCAUCUCUUAACAUUGCUCUGCACCAGUUUAUAACAAUUAGAUUGCACAAAAAUUUGAAAUAUCAAAGUUUCACUUGGCAAUUUUUUUUCAUAAAUUUGUUUGAAAGUGCUCGGGACAACUUUAAAACGUGAGCAGGAGCACUGGGUAGUAUCACAAAAAUAUAAAAAAUAUAUUUCAAAACCGUAUUUCAGUGGAAAAAGGCGAAAAAAAGAAUCAGUACCCCCGCGCGUGCGCGCACCAGUGCCUGAGGCGUUUUUCCAAAAAUUUUUUUCAGUUCUUUUUCUUUUUUUUUCCAGUUUUUCCAUUGUUGCAAUCAUAUUUCAGCAAAAUUGAACAUUUUAUAAAAAAAUCGUCAUCUAUUUUUUUACAAAAUGUAAUUUUUUUAAAAGCCACGGAAUUUUGAUUCUCUGUCGCAUUUUUUUCAUCCCAUUUUUUUGGCUUUCAAUAACCUCCAGUUCUUGAUUUUUUUCCUUUUCAUCCAUGAUGAUUUUUUUGGGGCAUCUAUUCAGCUUUAAAAAAAUGUUCUAGUAGAUUUUUGAUGUUUUUUUCGAGAGAAAACAGGAUUUUUUGCCAGGAAACAGAUAUUUUUAAUUUUUUAGCAGUCGAUUUUCUAUUUCAUGUUACGUUUGCAUUUUUCUUGCUUGGAAAUAAGUUUCUUCUUCUCAAAUUUUGUCUAACUAUAACUCAAUUUUUUUCAAAAUUUCAAAUUAUUUAAUUGCAAAAAAACGUGCUAAUUUUUCAAAUUUAAUUUUUUUAAAAUCUUUAUUUUUUUCGUUUUUUUAAACUCUUGCUAGUAUUAUACUAUUUCUCAAGAAAAAAGAAAAUUUUCUGUAGGGGAAUGCACGUGCAAACUUCCCCGCAGGCACAUGUCUCAAAUGCCGCCACUGGGCCAGCGUGCCGUCGAUAGCUCAGUUGGUAGAGCGGAGGACUGUAGAGCAGUGGGUAUCCUUAGGUCGCUGGUUCGAAUCCGGCUCGACGGAGUUCUUUUUGCCCAUUUUUGCUAGUUAUGGUUUCUGA